UCCAUAAAAGAGAAGUCCUGCACCCUCUCCUUCCCUCCUCACACUCUAACCAAAGCUCUCUCUUUUCCAUCUCAACAAGAAGCAAAGCCCAUGAAGGCUACACUGCUUGAGAAAUCACCACCCAAAGAGGAGGAAGGUGGUGAAGGGGGAGGGGGAGAAAGGGUUCAUGAAGAUAGAGCUAAGGAAACAGCUAAUGGAUUCCAAAGCCACUUGGAGCUAAGGCUUGGUUUCUCCUUGAACAAUGGGUUUGAGCCUGGUGAAGGGGAAGGUGGUGGUGGUGGUGGAGGCCGAAGCACAACGUUCCGAGCCCCUCAAGAUGGACAUGGCACACACCAGAGGAGUGGUAUGGGGAUUGGAGGUUCCAAGAGAUGUUUCUCCGAGACUACUAGUGGUUUUGUCCACCCUUGGAGUCUGGCAGCCCGGCAAGAGAAGGCAGCUCUCGAGCAAGCCCAUAAAAAGACUAGUGUCCUAAGGGCUACAAAUCCUUCACCAUCAGUUGUAGGCUGGCCUCCAAUUCGCGCAUUUAGGAGGAAUUUGGGGCUUCCACAAGCAUCAAAGUCUGCUAUGGAUUCAGAAAAGGAUACCAAGAAAAUGAAACCAGUGGAGGGAGAGAACACGAGCAACGAGCCUGUAGCAAGGCAAACAAUGUUUGUGAAGGUGAAUAUGGAAGGCUAUGCAGUUGGAAGAAAAAUUGACUUAAAGGUUCAUGAUAGCUAUGAAUCGCUCUCUCAAGCCCUUCAGAAAAUGUUUCAUAACUUUUUGAUGGCUGAUUACUCGAAGAAAUCAAAGGAAGAUGGAGAAGAAGAGAUUGUUACUCCUAGUUAUAUUCUUCUUUAUGAGGACAAUGAAGGAGAUCGAAUGCUUGUGGGCGAUGUACCUUGGGAGAUGUUCAUCAAUACAGUGAAAAGGCUAUAUAUUGCACAAGAUCCUAGGACACAAAAAUGUGGUCGAGUACAUUUGAACCUUCUGGAGAAAACAACUAAAGAGGGGAUGACUUGUCUGAUCAAAGAGACCAGGGAGAGAAGUUGCUUAUGGAAUUAGUUGAUAAGGAGAUGUUGCAUCCUUCCUACCUCUAGGGUGGUUGAUUACAAGAGAACAGUGAUAAAUAGAGUUUACAAUUGAAUGUGAUGUUGAUGUAAGAUAUUUUCUUAUGUCAUGGCAGUGUAAUUUAUAUGGCUUCUUCAAUGUAGAGUAACUAAAAGAACCAUGAGCUAAUGUUUUGGAAGUUAAUAUGGUUUCUAGA